AUGCUGUGCGAAGUAUGCCAGGAUGCAUUUGUCGAGCUAUCACAGGUGGGCGAGGACCCGAUAUCCAGGACCACAUCCGGGGAAUCAUUGACCAGGGUCUUCUCGUCCCCGUUCUACAAAGCUACUCAUCAUAGUCUUCCAAGGUUGAAACAGUCGGCAUCUACUGGAUGUCAGUUGUGCUACUUACUGUGGACGGCUGCUCCGCUGGAAAUCCAUCAAUUCUUGGAUGAGUAUCUACAAAAUGAGCGUCCUGCUCACUGGCUGCCGGGCUACUUGACUCUCAAUCGGGCGAUUUUUGACCAGGAUCACAAAGCCAGAAAGCUGAUGAUGGAGUACAAGUAUCAAACGAUCGUUGUGGACAAUGAUGACUACGUACAGCCGUUUAAAAAGCAUUUCAGAUUGCUGCCGUGCACGGAAACAGUGCUCAAUGGAGAAGUCUCGAAUAUUGCCUCAACUACUUGGUCAGAGGAGAGCUGGAAAACAAUCAAAGGUUGGAUCUCCGAUUGUUUCUCGAAACACGGCCAGUGCACACCGAUAUCAGAACUGCAUCAACGCAGACUUCCCAGGAGGCUGAUUGAGAUCUGUGAAGGAGACCGUAUUCGCAUUCAGACACUCGAAAGAGCAAGCAAUCAUGAAAUUGAGUAUCUAGCUCUCAGCCAUUGUUGGGGUUCUGGCCCGAAAAUGAAACUCAUAGCUGCCACGGAGUCAGUGUUACGCGAAGGAGUAGAUAUCUCUACACUGUGCAAAACUUUCCAAGACGCCAUUUCGGUAACGAAGAAGUUUUGGGACGAAUUCGGCAUCCGUUAUCUCUGGAUCGACUCACUGUGCAUCCUUCAAGACUCUGUGGACGACUGGCGCAACGAGUCUGCCAUCAUGGGAGACAUCUACCAGAACGCAUUUUGUACCUUGGCGGCUACAGCCGCAGAAGAUGGCAGUCGAGGUCUCUUUUCCAAUCGGGAUCCCAAAAGAGUAGUGCCGUGUGUGAUUACCGUUGUGCCUAUGAACAACCCUAAAAACUUCCUUCGAUGCAUGGACACGGACGACUGGGUCAAGAAUGUGAAUCUUGCACCCCUAAACUCCCGGUCAUGGGUAUUACAAGAACGUCUGCUCUCGCCAAGGGUGCUGCACUUUGCAGAGGAUCAGCUCUACUGGGAGUGCUCGGGCCAGGAGGCCAGUGAAGCAUUCUCUGGCGGACUACCAGAUGAGCCAGGAGAACAAUUCAAACAGCUUCUGCCGUUCUCGGGAACCAUCAAUCUUGAGAACCCCGAAUACAAAAGCCGGGGACCAUAUGUCGUCUGGGACCAAGUGAUGAAAGCAUACUCUGCGGGCAACUUGAGCAGGCAAUCGGACCGCCUGGUUGCGCUCUCCGGGAUUGCUCGUAAACUACAGCGUCAUGUCAUUCCGCAUGACACAUACCUUGCAGGGCUAUGGAAAGCGGAUAUCCUGUUCCAAUUGCUGUGGGACGUGGAAGAGCGGGGACAACGUCCCCACAAAUGGGAAGGGUACAUCGCGCCGACGUGGUCUUGGGCAUCUCGAGCCGCCACGGUGCCUUGCGAAAAGGAGACUUGGGCAUUGGCAGCGCCAGUGGUGGAGGUCACGAGCACAGUCGUGACCUCAGUCGACAACGAUAGAAUGGGCCAGAUAAAUGGUGGCUACAUACGGUUAUCUGGCUCCAUGCAGCGUGGAAAUCUGUCCAGGGUGCAUCAGCCCGGUUCAUCGAUCCCCGGAAUUGCCUUGAAACUAGGUGAGAAGACAAUUUACUCAGCGAUAUGUCGGCUUGACGAUGGCAUCAGUGGCACGACUCUUUUGCCCCAUGUUAUCUACUGCUUGCCCGUACUUCGUGGAACCAGAAAUCGUGUUCCGAGGUAUAAAGGCCUCAUACUCGUGCCCACGGGUCGGGAAACGGAGUUUCGAAGGUACGGCACCUUUACUGCAGACUCUCCGCGCGAGGAUUUCUCGACAUCGUGCCAGCCAUUUAUCUUUGAAACUGGGAAGUUGAAUGCUUCGGACCAGUACAACAUUGUUAUUGUCUGA